AAGCGCGCCAUGGCGUUCACCGGCCACAGGCUGCUGGAGGCAGCCUCACCAGUACUGCUGCUGCUGCUGCUCGCUGCCGCCACGGCGCGCCCACAGGGUGGCGUCAAGGCCUGGGACGUAUUGGGAGAGCGCUUUGGAGCUGUGCCCUUCGCUUCCGAUAGCUUGAAUCCCGUAUAUGGCAACUUUGGUAUGGGCUCGGGCAGCUUCUCCAAAUCCUCAUCAUUCUCGUGGUCGUCGUCCAGCGGCGGCCCUGGGAGCGGCAGCCAGUCGGGCAGCAGCUCCUCCUCGUACGGCGCUGGAGGCUCGGGCUCAGGCUCCAGCAGCCACUCUGCGUCGUCUUCCUCCGCCGGCUCCCUGGGAGGCCCUGGUGGCUCAGCGUCUGGAAGCCACAGCGCCAGCCAGGCAGGAUACGGAGCAGGUGGCAGCAGCUCAGGGUCUAGUUCAGAGUCAGCAUCAGGGUAUUUGGGAGCACCGUUCCCUGGAGCUGGAUCUCAUGGAAUAGGAGCUGGUGAGCAUGGUGGAUUCAUUAGCGAAAUUGGAAGAGACGGAACAGGAUACAGACACUACACAGAUGGUGUGGGAGCCAUUGGAGGUGGUCUUGGAGCUGAAUCUGGUGGCAUAGGACGUGGUGUACUGGGACUAGGUGGUGUAGGAGGCAACCCUGGAACAGGAGGAACUGAAUUUGUACAAACUGUUCUUGGAGAAAGUGUAUUGGGAGGAAAUAGCGGACAUGGAGGAAUAGCAGGUGAACAUGGUGAUGUGGCACGUCAAUAUUGGAGUAUAGCUGAUGGAGGCUUAAGCGGUGAACCUGGAGGAAUAACUGGUGGGCUUGGAGGCUUAGGUGGUGGACUUGAAGGAAUAACUGCUGGACAUGGAGGCUUAGUUGGUGUACCCACAGUAAUAGGUGGUGGACAUGAAAUUGUAUCUGACAGCCGUUUAUUUGGCAGUAGACCUUGGGGCUCUCGCCCAGUUGCCACUGGAAUUGAAGGCACAGGUUCUCCUGUUGGUAUCUCAGGAGGCUAUGGAGGAGUUGGCGGUAUUGGAGGUGGACCAAAAUUUGGCGGAAUUGGUCACAGUGGCGCUGGUGGAGUAGGAGGUUUGUUAGACCACAAUGGUCCUAGUGGUACAGCACAUGGUGUGGGAGCUGGUGAAGCAGGUGAUACUGUUGGGACUAAAGGAGGAUACUCUGGAGCCUCUCAUGGUUUCUCAUCUGGAUCUGCUGGUAUGAGAUUUGUUGGAGGAUAUUUGGGUCAUAGUGGAUCUGAUGGAGGAGGUUUUGGACAAGAAAUACAUAGACCUAUUGGCGGGACAGGAAUUAGUGGUAUAGCCAGCCCUGGUAUUGGUAGCUUCCAACGUCAUGACUCUACAAAUAGCCAUUGGGGACCUGGAAGUGGUGGUGGAACUGGAAUAGUGGGAGAUGGUUAUGGAGUUCCUGGUCCUGGCCUGGUUGGUGGAGCUGGAGGCUACAAUGGACUUUACAGAGGUGCUGGACAUGCAAGUCGUGGAGGUGGUCCUAUUGGACAUGUAGGCAGUGCUGACAUUGACUCUGGUUCCUUAGUUAACAGUGGAGCAGGAUAUCCAAGAAUUGGCUAUUCACCUGGCAGCUCAGUUGAUUACACUUUUGGAAGCCAUCCUGUGAGUUUUCGUGGUUUUGGAGGCAGCCCUGGCAGCUCCGGCAGCUCUGGGAGCUCUGGCAGCUCUGGCAGCUCUGGUAGUUCUGGUAGUUCUGGUAGCUCCGGUAGCUCCGGUAGCUCCGGUAGCUCUGGUAGCUCUGGUAGCUCCGGUAGCUCUGACAGCUCCGGUUGCUCUGACUGCGAUAGUAGCUCUGGUAGUUCUGGUAGUUCUGGUAGCUCUGACAGCUCCGGUUUCUCUGACUGUGAUAGUAUCUCUGGUAGUUCUGGUAGCUCCGGUAGCUCUGACAGCUCUGAUGGUGGGUUUGUCCGGGAUAUAGCAGAGCUGGUCAUCAAGGGCUUUGGCCGUAAAGUUGUCAAGGGUGGCUACCACUAGAGGUUCUCUUUCCCUUUCAGUGCAUGCCUCAGAAUGCUUUCUAUUUUGAGCAACACAGAAACAAAUGUGUAAAACUACUCGCUAGAACAGACAUGUUCUGAUAUCACUUUAUAAAUCCAUUCCCCAUAGAUAUGCUUCCAGCCAUUACAUUUCAAAAAAUACUCCAACUGUUUCAACUGUAAAAUGCAAAGAUUGAUAUGAGAAACAAAACAAAAAAUCGAGGAAUUUUUAUAGUUACAUCACCUGGAUUUAUUGGUCAGCGAAUUCACUGAACCCAAAUUACUGUUAGUUAACAUUGGUUGUGUACAAUACUGAUGUAUGAAUGCCAUUUGUGAGAAUUUAAACUUGCAGGGCACUGCUGAAAGUAUGAUUUCGUUCAAUAAUGUUAUUCCAAAAUAAAUUUUUUACAGUUA